AAGAUGGCGGCCCCCGGGCCCUGCCACGCAGACUUCCGCCGGGCGCGGAGACCCAGGGCAAUCUGCGGGCCGCAUCGGAGGUGAAGUCGGGAGGCGCGUGGUGUGGAGCCACAGCCCAGGCAAAAUGUCGCAAGGAAACGCCGCGGGCGAGCCGAGUGCUCCGGGAGGUCCCCGCCCCCUCCUCUCUGGGGGACGGGGGCUUAUCGGGCGGCGGCCGGCGCCUCCACUCACUCCAGGUCGCCUUCCUUCCAUCCGCUCCAGGGAUCUCACCCUCGGAGGAGUCAAGAAGAAAACCUUCACCCCAAAUAUCAUCAGUCGGAAAAUCAAGGAAGAGCCCAAGGAAGAAGUAACCAUCAAGAAGGAGAAGCGUGACAGGGAUAGAGACCGACAGCGAGACGGGCAUGGACGGGGCCGGGGCCGCCCAGAAGUGAUCCAGUCCCACUCCAUCUUUGAGCAGGGUCCAGCUGAAAUGAUGAAGAAAAAGGGGAACUGGGAUAAGACAGUGGAUGUGUCAGACAUGGGGCCUUCUCAUAUCAUCAACAUCAAAAAAGAGAAGAGGGAGACAGAUGAAGAAACAAAACAGAUCCUGCGCAUGCUGGAGAAGGAUGAUUUCAUCGAUGACCCUGGGCUGAGGAAUGACACUCGAAACAUGCCUGUGCAGCUGCCGCUGGCUCACUCAGGGUGGCUUUUUAAGGAAGAGAAUGAAGAGCCAGAUGUUAAACCUUGGCUGGCUGGCCCCAAGGAAGAGGACAUGGAGGUGGAUGUACCUGUUGUGAAAGUGAAAGAGGAGCCCCGAGAUGAGGAGGAGGAGGCCAAGAUGAAGGCUCCUCCCAGGACAGCCAGAAAGACCCCGGGCCUCCCAAAGGACGUAUCUGUGGCAGACCUGCUCAGGGAGCUGAGCCUCACCCAGGAAGAAGAGCUGCUGUUCCUUCAGCUGCCAGACACGCUCCCUGGCCAGCCGCCCACUCAGGACAUCAAGCCUAUCAAGACAGAGGUGCAGAGCGAGGACGGACAGAUGGUGGUUAUAAAGCAGGAGAAAGACCGGGAAGCCAGGCUGGCAGAGAAUGCUUGUACCCUGGCUGACCUGACAGAGGGUCAGGUUGGCAAGCUGCUCAUCCGCAAGUCAGGAAAGGUGCAACUCCUCCUGGGCAAGGUGACCCUAGAUGUGACCAUGGGAACUGCCUGUUCCUUUCUGCAGGUGAGAGCCUGUAGGGUCACAGUAGGGGCUCCUUAAGAGGAGCUGGUGUCCGUGGGCCUUGGGGACAGUCGGACUGGUGAGAUGACCGUCCUGGGACAUAUAAAGCACAAACUUGUCUGUUCCCCCGAUUUUGAGUCCCUCUUGGAUCACAAACACCGGUAAAAUGAGCAGAUGGAGGAUGAUGGUGACUGUGCCCACGGCUGCUGCCUGCUCCAGACGUUUUGUUCUCAAAUCUGUGCGACCCAGAAAGGGCCUGUUUAGCCCACCCACUCCAGCCUUUGGCAGCCAUUGUCCCAGUUUUCCCCACAGGGCCCACGUGGCUGCCUCCCACGGCAGCUGGGAACGGCCCAGUGGCCUACCCACGGGAUGGAUCCUGCACAUCCUCGCUGCUGGGGGACUUGUCCCUUCUAUUUAUUUUUAUAUUUAUGUCUUAUCUCUUCAAGUGACUGUACCCUCCCCAGGUAGAGAGGGGAGGGUCUGUGGGAAAGUCCAGGCUCCUCCUCUUGCUGACUGUCUUGUUCUCAGGGUAGGAAGCCUAAGGACGGUUGCCGCUUUUGCUCCCUUCUCCUUCCCAAGAAGCAGCGUUGGAGAGAGAGCAGGGAAUUUUUCAGUCUGGGACUCAGUGCUCAAUCCCAGCUCCAUCGGUUACUAGUUGUGUGACCUUGGACAAACUACCUAACCUUUCUGAGCCUCAUAUUCCUCAUGGGACAAAAAUGAGGAUAAUACCUACCUCGCAAGGUUGGUGUGAGAAUGAAAUGGAAUGUCGUAGAUGAAAACUCCUUGCACAAGGCCAGAUAAACACGGUGGGCACUCAAUAAAUGUUAGUUCCCCUUC